AUGGGCUGCUCAGGACACGAGUCCGACCUGUGGAGCUGCAGCCACAACGGCUGGAACAGCCACAACUGUGGUCACCACGAGGAUGCCGGUGUCGUCUGCUCAGGGACCGAAUCGGGUUUAGCCCUGAGGCUGCGGAACGCAGGUGAUCGGUGUCAGGGGCAGGUGGAGGUCCUGUCCCAGGGUUCCCGGGGCACGGUGUCUGAUGCCAGCUGGGACAUCAAUGAGGCCAACGUGGUCCGCAGGCAGCUCGACUGUGGCCCAGCUUUCAACAACCAUGGAAAGCACUUCUGUGGAGACGCAGACGCCAACAGCCCCUUCCUUGCGAGGUUCCGCUCUGACCGGAAGACAGGCCCACAGUCCCCAGUCCACCCUGAGCGCAGCCACACCCACUUCCGAAGAUCUGGGCGCCCCAGGCGGGCCUUCUGGGUGUCCAGCAGGGCUUACAGCCACUCAGGAGGGCAGCAGCGGCAGUUUGGAACAGGAGCAUCUAACCGAAUCUCUCUGGAUGCCCGGCAUUUUGUCCCUCAGAAGGGACAGACAGUGAAAUCUCCGUGCUUUCCUCUAGAUGUGGCCUUGAGGCUGGUGAACGGAGAGGGCCGGUGUCAGGGCCGGGUGGAGGUCCUGUACCGGGGCUCGUGGGGCACCGUGUGUGACGACGGCUGGGACACCAAUGAUGCCAACGUGGUGUGCAGGCAGCUGGGCUGUGGCCAGGCCACGUCCGCCCCAGGAAGUGCCCGCUUCGGUCAUGGCUCAGGGCCUAUUGUCCUGGACGAAGUAGGCUGCUCAGGACACGAGUCCUACCUGUGGAGCUGCCCCCACAACGGCUGGCUCUCGCACAACUGCGGCCACGGGGAAGACGCCAGCGUCAUCUGCUCAGGGACCGAAUCGGGUUUAGCCCUGAGGCUGCGGAACGCAGGUGAUCGGUGUCAGGGGCAGGUGGAGGUCCUGUCCCAGGGUUCCCGGGGCACGGUGUCUGAUGCCAGCUGGGACAUCAAUGAGGCCAACGUGGUCCGCAGGCAGCUUGACUGUGGCCCAGCUUUGUCAGCGCAAAGAAAUACCCAUUCCUCUUUCCUCUUUGGAUUGCUCUUGCCCUUCUCCCAAGCCCACGACUUGCUCCAUCUGAGAGUCCCGCUCCCCCCCACUCUCUGCUCCUCCUUGGCCGGUGACCAAGUCUGGCUGCUGAGUAGUCUCUGA